CGAGGAGCUGGGUAUUGGCGACGCUGCGGGACUUUUAAACAGCGAUCAAGGACUGAGAAAAUCGGAAGUGUCCCGGGAAAAGCCGGACUGUUGGGCGCUUACUGUCCUGUGGAAACAACAUGACGUCUGUCACUUUAGCCACAUCUGAGUGGAUCAGUUUCUUUAAGGAGGCUGGAAUCCCCCCAGGGCCAGCUGUCAACUAUGCUGUGACAUUUGUGGAUAACAGGAUUCAAAAAAGCAUGCUGAUGGAUCUAAACAAGGAGAUCAUGCACGAAUUGGGUAUAUCGGCUGUUGGAGAUGUUAUCGCAAUCUUGAAACAUGCCAAGGUAGUACAUAGACAGGACUUAUGUAAAUCUCUGACGGAACAGCCAAGUCGGACUAGCACCCAGACAGAGCUGCGAAAGAGUGCCAACAGUCCGGCUACAAGGAUGAUUGCCAACAGUCUGAGCAGAGACUCUCCACCAUCCACUCCUAUACACAGGCCUGACACAAGCAGCUCCAAAAUUUCUGUUACUGUCUCUAACAAAGUAGCACUGAAGAAUUCACAAGCAGUUUUGUCCACUCCUGCUGAAGACAUUUCUGAUGUGCCAGUUAAACGACGCAGAGUAACUGCAGAGAUGGAAGGAAAGUACAUAAUAAACAUGCCUAAAGGGACUACUGCAAGAACUAAGAAAAUCCUGGAAGAGCAGGCAGCAAAAGGCACGGGCAGAACAUCUGUCUUUGACAGGCUGGGAGCGGAAAGCAAAGUUGACACUACAACAGGAAGUAAGCCUACUGGAGUUUUCAGUCGGUUAGGAGAUUCAUGUGAGGAAGAAAGGGCACCUGAGAGUGAUGAGGAUGGCUCUGUACUGCAGUAUGCAGGCGUCUUAAAGAGAAAAAGAAUUCCUGUGAUCAGGGAGAGGCUAGGAGCUGGGGUAACCAUUAAAGCCAAAGCUACCAGUUCAGAGCAGAAACCUGCCAUCACUACACUCCGAAGACUUGCUAGCAAACCACCAGCUAGUGCACCCCCCAAACUCUCCACCUCCAAGAUCAGCAUUGCACAGAGGCUGGGUACUAUUCAGCAAAGUGGCCCAGUGGAAGUUGUCAAAAGGAAGGUACCUUCAGCAAAGUUAAUACAGCGACUGGGAAAGCCACAGGCAGCUCCUCAGGACAGCAAGGUUAGUAGCUCAAAACCACCACCUGGGGCAUUCAGAGUGACCAUCAAGAGGACUUUGGGGAACACCAAAGUGAGCAGCACAAGUGAUAACAGCAGUGCCCAGAUGGAUAAUACAAGGAUCGUCAGUGUCUUCAAGAGGCUUGGCAGGAAAUCUGUCUAAGUGAAGCUCCAUAAAAUUGUGCAUUUGAAUUUUAGCUUCCUUUUCCAAAGGAGGGCAAGAUGGAAAUUACUAAAGUUAGGAUGGACAGUCAACUUCCUCUGAAGCUUUGCCAUAUCUCGUGUUUGGCUUUGUGUGCCUUGAUUCACCUUAUCAAUGCACAGAGGGACAUUUUAUGUACUAUAUAGUGAGACUCAAGUAGCAAAGCCUGCAUUGUCAGCCCUCAGCUAAAUUAUGCAGCAAGUACAAUCUGAACUUAAUAAUUUAAGUGGAUGUACGCUGUUGAUUAUUUAUUCCAUUGCGGAAAUAGAAUCUUGACAGGUCUGAAAUUUUUUUAAUUAAAUAUUUUGCUAAUG